GUCGACUUCCUGUUUUGUUGUGACGUUUGAGUGUGUCAUUGUGUGUGUAAAAUUUUACAAUAUAUUUUGUGAUUUCUUACUUGUUUUAUAUGAUUUUUUCAUGUAUACCCCUCGUCAGUGUGGAGUUAAGUUUGAUCCUCCUGCCUUAGUCUUGUACUACGUUAUAAAUGCCACGGGUAAGUUGUAUUUAUUUUUCGUACUAUAGUACUAUACAGUGCGUUGCCCAGCUUCCGGACAUAUUUGAAGCGUUUCAGACAUGAGUUUGUAGAAACAUACAGAAUCGAAGGCAACCACUAUCACCUACUACCUCUGCUAAUGUUUUUUUAUUUAUUUAGUAAUAUAUGAAUAUGAGUGGUAUAAAAUUUGGUGAAUGAUAAUUGAUAAAAUAUACUUGUUGUGGUUACGUGCUUGUCAAUUAUCAGGUCUUGUCAUUGUCAUAUAAAGACAUCGAUCUAUAGUUAAGAAUCGCAGAAAUCUUUUGACUAUUGCUGCUAAUACACCCUUUGGAUAAUUAUGUCACAUGUACUUUUUGGUCUUGUAGCCUCGCUCUCAUUAGUAAGUUACGCAAGGUGAUUGGCUCACGAUUCAUGAGAGCGAGGCUCCCUGGCCAAAUGACAUAAUUAUUGAAAGGGCCCGGUGUAUUGUGUGGUGACUAAUGAAUUCAAAUAAUCAGCUGAUUUAAUUGUCAUCUGAUUAUUGAUUGUCAGUCAUGAGGUAUUGGUGUCAAUAAAUAUAAUAAAGAUCAUCACAGAUUCGUCAUUCUGUUUCAUUUAGUUUUACAGUAAUGCAACAUUGUACGUUAAGUUACAUUGCGCCCCAAUGUGCCGCUACUUAUUAUUUUACUCUGUCUAACACCAUAUGAUUUUACUCAUCACGGGGAGAACGCUCAAUGGGUUAAUCGAGUUAAUAUAUACCAUACUUUAUUAUUCUACUCUGUCUAAAUGCCAGAUGAUUUUACUCGCCAAGGGUAGAGCACUGUUGCCCAAUGCCCGGUUACAUUGGCUGAUAAUGACCAGGUAAUAUGGAGUAGAAUAUUUCAUUGCACAGGCUAACCAUGCAAUUUUUUAUUACACAUACCUUUUGUUCCACUGUUGGUUAUGCAGAUCCCAUUAAAUUCAGUCUUGCCUUUUGGACCAGCUAUUUUGCAUGAGUAUAUGUAUUUAUUCUACAAUUAUCCCCAUAAAUCAAUCAAUACCAAUGGUGAUUUGGUCAUAAAACAGAUGAAUGAAUGAAACUUUGCCAAGCGCAGAAUUCAAAAGAUGACAUUUCAUAUUUUAUAUAAUCAUGUAAGAAUAUUUUCAUUUGAUGAAAGAUGUCUGUAUGCUCUGUUAACCAUUAAGUUGUAUUGUGCCGCAAUAUAUUAUUCAUGUACCUACUUUGUCAUAUUACUCUGGCUAACUCCAGACAAUUUUAUUCGUCAUAGGGAGAGCACUCAGGUCCUCAAUGGGUUAAUCUUGGUUGUCGCGUCCUUGAUAUCGGUUUCACCUUGUGCAAAUUUUUCUACCAUUGUUUACCCCACUAUAAGCAGCAAUUGCCUGCAAUGUAUCCUGGUCUUUUUUAUUUCUUUGUCCAAUGUCAGAUGUUUUUAUGCUGAAGGGAAAUGUUGCAAUUAUCACAUAAUGCAAUUACUUUGUAGGAAUAAUUAGCAUAUAAUUCCUAAAUACACCUUCCACAAUUAUGCCACAUAAACCUUGGCCUCCUUAGCCCAGAAGCUUCAUUCCCAUGAACUAUGUCUAUCAGAAACUUGCCUUUCAUCUUGAUUCAUGAGAGUGUCAGGCUCCCAAAGAAAGUACUGAAUAUGUAAUUAUUGAUUGGGUGUGUUAACAUUUAGUCAUUUUUUUAACUUAACCCCAGUAAUUGCACUAGGCCUAAUUGCUUUCGUUAUUUUAAAUGGUUUAAUGCAGGAUGGAUUACUCUUCAAUUAAGACUAGGGAGUGUUCAGCACCCUACUUUUAUUAAAAUAAUUUUACUCUAAAAUAACUUAAAAUAAUUUUACUGGCAGACGCUUCACAAAUUAUCGGGUAGAGGAGGAUGAAUUAGAUUGCCUCAUUGCCAACAUUUGACCACCUUCUGUUGCUUAGGUGUUUAACCUUUCCUGCCUUAAAUUUUAUACAAUAUAUAGCCGAAAAAUAUGCUUGAUAUAUACACUGUAUGGUUGAAAAAUUAUUGUUAUAAUGACAGCUUUGUUAUGCAGUUAUUGACCUCAUCAUUUAAAGGCUGGCUUUCGAUUCAGAAAUCAUUGAGGGGGGUUGCCCCCUUCCCCUAGAACAGUAGAAUGGGCCAUAAUGUGCCCAACUUUGUUCAGCGCUCUGUAUCACGUGAGAUGAUUUUAACUCAUUAAGGGAACACCACUGUGCACUAAUGAGGUAAUCAUGAUUUCUAUACCAAUUGCUUCAGGUAAAGUUCACCGACGUUCAAUGCCUCUUAGAAAUUUUUCAUCAGAAAGCAAGUAGGUGAUAAAGUCAUGCAUCUUUUAUUUUCAUUAUGACUUAAUUCAAUUAUUAAAUAAAUUAUAUUACGUUCUUGUUCGGUUUUGCAUGUUCCAUUAUUAUGAUAAAAUAAAGAGUGAAGUGGAAAUGAGUAAAUCACAGUAUGCAUGGAAACUAAUUUUUAUUUACUAAUUUGCUUACAUAGUCUGGAUGACAUGGUAACAAAUUUAAAAUCUGGCAGACACAAGCGCUAUCUAGAAAAAAUUCCCUCUGAACAGGUAAUAAUGAUUCGAUCUCAUAACCAAUUAAGAUACUGUACUGUAGUUGUACUAACAAUAAUAAUCAUGAGAAAAACCUGCGUUAUAAGCAUGAAAACUUGAUUCAAAUGGGUCCACUGGGGAUAGCACAAUUAUUUAAGCGUACGAAAAAGAAGUGGAUAUAAACUAAAAUGUAGUCAUGCCAACUCUUUAACAAGGAAAAUAAUUGUUCGUGUGUGCGGUCGUCAAGGAAAACAUGACAAGUAAUUGCGCAGCACGUCAUUGGCUCAUUGCGCACUCAUCUUCGAGCUGCCAUUGCCAUCAAAUCUCGUUAUUUUGAAAUUCGCUUUUGUUGUGUGACAUCGUAGACAGUUUAAGCUGUUUUUGACUUUGUUAGAACAAGCUUUAAAACAUAAUUAUCAUGAAAUUGUUUAAGUACUUAAAUAGCGCGGGCUCGAGGAAAAAUUGAGCGAGACAACUCGUUCGUCGUACACACGAGCAAGUCAACUCGUCAAGGAAAACUUGCUAGUCUGUAUGAGGUUUCAUUUUUUCUUGGUAACUGUUGAACUGCAACCCACCCUAUUAUCUAAAUAUCAAAUAAUUUUACGUUUGGUACACAUUGCUGACUGUCUCGCUGUAUAUUCUGGUUGUUCACCACUAGAUUCAUAGAUUGCUAUCAAAGAUUCAGGAGCAGUUACCACAACAAAAAGACGAUGACGUGAUUUCAAACAACGAUGUUGAAGAUCUGAACAAACUAAAUGACACUGAACUCAAUAAAAAGAAAGCUGAAAUGGACCAGGUGUUCGAGCAACAUCGUGUUAGGGCUGGGGAUGAGGGGUUUCAAUAUGAUGUAGAAGUUGACUUUGAGAAUGGAAAGAAUGUAUCGGGGUGGGAUUCCGAUGAAGAAUAUUCUGACCCUGAUUUUUAGGCUAUAGGGUGGACAGUUCAUUCCAAAAUGUAUGGAUGGGUGACCAACAUGCACGGUCUUAGCCAGCCUGCCAUUCAGCUGUCUUAUAGACGGACGGUCACUUGAAAAAGACGUCUUUUUUAGAUCUGAUCAUCAUAUUCAGGCUAUUGGAAGACUACUAAAAAUCUGUAGAUUGUACACUGUAUACUGUCCCUGAUGCACAAAAUAGUGUCCCUAAUUGAUGUCCCUAAUUGACAAAAUAGUGCAGGUAGCAAUCAUACAACUGAUAGCUCUUUGUAUUUUUCAAUCUAAUGUCCUUUAAUCAUUUCAAUUGGUAUUCACAUCAUCCAACGAGAUUUGCCGCCACAUGCAAAUGUUAAAUCUCAAGACAAAUCUCAAAUUUGGAGGCUCAAGUUCCAGGUCCUGGCUAAGACUAUAGUGAGUUAUUAGAAAAGGAGGUAUGUGCCCACCCUAUUUUUUUAUUAAAUUCUUUAAACUUGGGCGUUAAGCAGCGGCCGCAGUACAAAUAUGGCUCCCUUCAGGUAGAUAGGAUAGAAGACAUAUAUUUAUUACAUCUCGAAUACUUUUUGAUAUUUUGCAAUCUCACCAUUUUUUUAUAAAUUUGAUGUAAAUAUAAGUUUCCUUGAAAGUUUGCAAAAUAUAUGCAUAUAUAUUAUUGGCACUCAUUAUGAAGAUCUGGGCUUACGGAUCGAAAGCUUUGCCAUAAUUAUAAUAUACGUGGUGCUUUCCACAAACUAAACGAUAUUUUGAUGUAAAUAAUUAUAAUUUUAUGCAUCAGAUUAAAUGCUGUUUCCCACUAGUUUCACUCUACAGGGUGUAUAAAAAAAAACUGAACAGAUUUGAAAUUGCUCUCAAUUUCGCAAAACACCUAUUUGUAUCCGGGUUUUUUAUAUAUAUAUAGCUUCUUUGGGUACUUAUAAUGUAGAAUAAUGAAAAAAAUUUCUUGAACUCAAAUUUUGUGAACCAGGGGGGUGUGUCUUUUCCAAACAAACUAAAAAUGGCUCGCGCACAAAAUUUAAAAGUGGUAAUCAUAUUUUGAGUUAAUAGAUGGAAAAUUUGCCGGGUUUUUAAUUACUGUACAAAAUUUCAGACAAUUUGGUUUAGUUUAAGCCCUUUAACUAUUCACGCAAAGUUACAAUUUUCCUAAAAAUCAGCUAUUUGCAUGCUUAAUGCCUUUGCCUAAUUUGCAUAUGUUAGCAAUAUGCAAAUUAGGUAAAGGCAUUAAUUAAGCAUGCGAAAGGCUGAUUUUUUAGAAUAAAAUGAAUAGUUACCCUUAAUCAAAUUGUCUGAAAUUUUGUACAGUAAUUAACAACCCAACAAAGUUUGAAAUUCCAUCUAUUAACUCAAAAUAUGAUUACAACUUUUAAAUUUUGUGCGCGAGCCAUUUUUAGUUUGUAGGAAAAGACACCCCCCCCCCCCUGGUUCACAAAAUUUGAAUUUGAGAAUUUUUUUUCAUUAUUCUACAUUAUAAGUACCCAAAAAAGCUAUAUAUAUAUAAAACUAGGGAUCCAAGGAUAGUGUGAAGUUUCGAAUUGAAAAAGACACUGCAAGAACUAUAUAUGGUCGCCGACAACCUAGAAAAGCUGAUGGCUUACACUACGAAAUAAACAGUUACCAAAGGCAUUUCAUCUCAUUUAUUGCUUUUAAUACGCUCGGCACACGAGUAGCGUGACGUUUGAAACAACUAAAGCCUAACACACCAGAAACGUGACUUGUGAAACUGAUGCAAUUCAUCUAUUUAUUACGAUGCUACACGAGACAAUUCAAAAUUUAAAUAGUUUCACAAACAACCAAAUUUUGCAUAUUCUAAGUUUUCAUUUGCAUUUGCAGCUGUCGCUAAAAGCUUCCCACGAGGCUACUGCUAUGCUAAAUUUAUCUAAACCUAUAAUUGACAUAGCUGUGUAAGAUAUGUUAUGUAUAAUAAGCACUACGUCGUUACAUCAUUAAAAGGACGCAUCUUAUCCUCAUCCGUUCCGUAUUCUAUCCGCAUAUCCGUUCCGUGGAUCCGCUCCAUCCGCUUCCGCAUUUUAACCUAAUUGUGACAUGCUUCACAACAAUCUCGUUCCCAGAGUAUGCCUGUUCGCGGGUCAUGCCACAACCUAACCCGCGAACAGGCAUACUCUGGGAACGAGAUUGGCUUCACAAUAACAAGUUUCAUUGACCUUUGACUUUUCCCAGUGUCACGUCUAUUUUCGGCUUUUCGCAUGUGUUGAAUAAUGUCACAUUAGAUUUCAAUAGUUAAACAAUUAAGCAGUGUAGAGCAGUUUAAAGCAGUUUUGACAAGCUUUGAACAGUUCUGUGUACAGAAUACUACAGAUUGAUUCUCGUAAGAUCUGGUAGAGUUAUCGUUGCACUGAACAAGAGUUUACACCGUUGACAACGGCGUUGUGCUAGACAGUAAACAAAGACAAGGCCCGUGACGGUACACGUUGGCUACAUGUACCUCCUUGCUUUUUUUUUCUAUUGCAUAAAGCUUGUUGGCGAGCCAAGCGAUUGGCGAUAACACGUUGGCGAUAACGCAAUGGCUAUCUCCUCGUCUUUCUUAUUUAAAUAAGAAGCUCUGACUCAACUGAUUUCUUUAGUCUCGCAAGUUAUUUUCUUCGUAAACGCCGUACAAACGUUUAAUACCCGCUUCUGCAUGUUUAAUAGUUGUUUCGCUCUUUGUACUGAGCGUAGCCAUCUAUUCUGUGAUGUAGCACCUUAUACAGUCAAUGACAAUGUAUAAUGAAUACACGUUCUAAAUAAUAUCGAUGGGCACUUAAUUGAAUACCGGUAAUGCACAACAUAAUAGUAUUAUUGCGUAGAAUCUCAAAGGUAAAGAUUUUCUCAAUAUUCAUGUCUGAA